UACUAAUCCCUUUCUCAUAUUUCAUCCAGGAAUAUUUCCAUCAAUUUUUCCUAAUGAAGAAGGAGUCACCACUCCUUACCCAGGGGGAAAGGAAAUAGUUCCUGCAGCAUUUCCACCUGAAUGGGAAAGGCCAACUAUUCGAGCAGAUUCAUGCCGUGUACAGCCCCCACUGCAGGGUACGUGAUGGGGUUAACUGCCUCAUCUCCCCAGGAAAGUCCAAAUGGAAUAAGUACACUUUGACCUAUGGGUGCUUGUUGUUAAGGCCCAGGGGAUGUGUGGGGUGA